AAUGUCUACCCGCUAUCACCAAGCAGCGAGCGACAGCUACCUGGAACUUCUGAAGGAGGCCACCAAGCGUGAUCUGAAUCUCUCAGAUGAGGAUGGCAUGACCCCCACCCUCCUGGCAGCCUACCACGGCAACCUUGAGGCCCUAGAAAUAAUCUGCAGUAGAGGUGGGGACCCUGAUAAAUGUGACAUCUGGGGGAAUACUCCUCUACAUUAUGCAGCCUCCAAUGGCCACAGCCACUGCAUCUCAUUUCUAGUCAACUUUGGUGCCAACAUCUUUGCCCUGGAUAAUGACUUGAAGUCUCCACUGGAUGCUGCUGCUGGCAGGGAGCAGAAGGAAUGUGUUGCUCUCCUGGAUAAGGCUGCCACCGUGCAGAACACCAUGAACCCCAAAAGGGUUGCCAGACUGAAGGAACAGGCUCUGAAGAAUGCCAGGAGGCAGAUGAAAGAGUGUGAACGGCUUCAGGAACGGCACCAAAACAAGAUGGCACGCACCUAUAGCAAGGAGGACUCUGGGACACUUUCCUCUUCCCAUAGUACCUUCUCUCCGUCGUCCCUUUCAAAACCUUCUGCUGGUGGAUUUGGAUCACUGUCUAAAGGCAUUAAAGAUACCUUCAAGAUAAAAUCUAAGAAGAACAAAGACACAGCAGAGCAGGUCGGAAAGGAUGGCUCAAGUGGGCAGAGGCCUGUGAUGGAAGUGUUCAGGGAGGAGGAAGAAGACUCAUUUCCAAAGGACUUCGAAGAGAAGCUUCAUUUCUCAGCAGAAGAAUCUGGUGAUGUACAACACGAGUCUAUUCUCAACCGUCCAGGUCUAGGAAGUAUUGUGUUUAGCAGGAACAGAGUACUGGACCUUGAGGACAUCUCAGACAGCAAGAGGGAGUUGGGGUUUAAAAUGCCCAGUGAGCUGUUCCAAAGACAAGGAACAGCAGGAACAGAUGAAGAGGAGGAGGAGGAGGAAAGAGAGGCAAACAGCACUGCAGGUGAUCUUCCUUGGGAUGAAGAAGAAGUAGAAUGGGAGGAAGAUGCAGUUGAAGCCACUCCAUUGGAAGUUUUCUUGCAGUCUCAGCACCUGGAGGAAUUUCUUCCCAUUUUUAUGCGAGAGCAGAUUGAUCUAGAAGCUCUGCUGCUUUGCUCUGACGAGGACCUUCAGAAUAUCCACCUGCAGCUGGGCCCCAGGAAGAAAGUCCUUAAUGCCAUAGACAAAAGGAAGCAGGUGCUCCAACAGCCUGGGCAGCUGGUUGACACCAGCCUCUGA